CAAAUUAAUGAGAUAAACUGCACUGCACUCCAUCCCAACAUUUCCAUUUCAUAGAGACAAUAAUGAAGUGGAAUAUCAAACUCUUGCUGCUUUUCAUUCUGUCUUUCCAACUUCAGAGUAUUUUUACUGUUAAGGGGCUUAACAUUGGUUUGCAUUUUGAUCACUCUGCUGUUUCCAUGCACUGCAGCCGCAGGUGUGAAUCAGAGCAUUGUUUAUUGCCCCCAUUUUUGAGGUAUGGGAAAUACUGUGGUGUUCUGUAUACUGGAUGCCCUGGAGAAGAGCCUUGUGAUGGACUUGAUGAGUGCUGUAAAGUUCAUGAUGCCUGCAUUCAGGACAACCAAAAUGAUUACUUGAACAAGGAGUGCAAUGAGAACUUGCUAAACUGCAUAUCAGAAUUCAGAGACUCAGGAGCCAAGACAUUCCAAGGAAAUAAGUGCAAACCAGAGGAGGUGGUUGAUGAGAUCUCACUCAUCAUCCAGGUGGCUUUGCUUGCUGGCAGGGCUACUGAUAAUCCAUGACUUGGAACUUAAUCAUCCUGUUCUAUUUCUUUUCUUCUUGUAUCUUCUUUUCAAAAUUGCAUUUUUAUUA